AGUACUGCAGUAUUAACGUAGCCACGAUCCGUAAAUAACAGGACCGCAAUACCAACUUAAUAAAAAUAACACCAAAACAUUGAGCAAAAUGUAUUUGUCCAAAUAUAAUCAUAAAAUAUACUUAUCUGUAUACUUCCAGUGGCAAACAAAUAAAUCGAUUAAUCAUCAUAAUAGUUUAAAGCAGUGAUAAAUUUUAAAUUACCGAUUGCCAAACACAAAUCUGAUAAUACACAAAUAAAAAGAGGGAUCCGGAAAGGAAAAUCUAGUAGGUACGAUAAAGUUGGAAGCAUGAAGACGGUCUUGUUCUUCUUGUGCGUAGCGGUUUAUUCCGCGAUCGCGGGCCCCGCUCCACUAGUUGACGGUAAAUACCCCCAAUACAUCGAAUUCCCAGAUGAAGAUGGCGUUAUGCAUACCGUAGAUUUGCUCGAGCCCGUAGAUUCAGAACUUUUGAUGGAAGUUGAGAGAAACCCAGCUAACAACAAAUACUUGCUCUACACAAGGCGCAAUAGAAGGUCAUCCCAAAGGCUAGUAAUGAACAAUGCAAACAGUAUACGCUCAUCGAAUUUUAACGCCAAUAACCCUACCGUGGUAGUAGCACAUGGCUGGCUCGGCGGUGAAAACACUAAUAUUAACCCAACAAUCAGAGACGCAUACCUUGGUAAAAGUGACACUAAUGUUAUUAUUUUAUGCUGGAGAAGGCUCGCUGUGUCUACCUACCCAACAGCUGCCUCCGGUGUACCAGCAGUAGGACGUGGUCUUGGACAGUUCUUAACUUUCCUGAACAGUGUUACUGGACAACCUUUUAAUAGAAUGCAUCUCGUUGGCUUCAGUUUGGGCGCACAUUUAGUAGGUAACGCUGGAAGAGAACUGGGCGGAAGAGUAGCUCGUGUUACUGGCUUGGACCCAGCGGGUCCCCUUUGGAGCUAUAACAGAAAUCGUCUUCGUGGCUCUGAUGGUGUAUACGUAGAAGCUAUUCAUACCGAUGGAGGUCUUACCGGUCUAGGCAUUGGAUCAGCCAUCGCUGAUGCUGACUUCUUCCCUAAUGGUGGUACCUCACAGCCUGGUUGUGCCACCAGUUUAUGUAACCAUAACCGAGCGUAUGAGCUAUUUGCUUCAACAGUAACCCGUAACCAUCUUGUGGCCAGACAGUGUUCAAGCACAACACAGGUUUCUACUAAUAAUUGCCGCGGAAGCAAUUUCCAUAUGGGCAAUGAUGACUUAAAUAAGAGAGGAUCUGGUUUGUUCAGAGUCAACACAGGAAGAAGAUACCCGUUUUAAUCUUCCAGUUAUUAUGUAAAUAAAUAUGUUUUUCAUCCGCAA